CUACACGUGACCACUUUUGUCCAAUCAACUCUCAGCGACGACUCGGCGGAGGGCGCGACGUCGAUCGACCGUUUCUAGUUUCCUGGUCAGGGUCUUAUAUUCGGCAUGGAAGAGCCCAGCAAAAGAGAGCGGCUUGGUGAUGUUACCAGAAGCACGCAGACACUUAAUAGCAUGUUGUCAGCCAGUCAGCACGGUGACAUCGCCGGACAGGGUCGUUAUGUGGAAGGAUCCAUACUUCGAAUCACCAUGAAAAACUUCCUGACCUAUGACUACUCUGAGUUAUACCCUGGACCUAAUCUGAACAUGAUUGUUGGAGCCAAUGGAACUGGCAAGUCCAGCAUCGUUUGUGCCAUCUGUCUGGGUCUGGCUGGUAAGACUGCUCUCCUGGGCAGAGGCGACAAGGUUGGACUUUAUGUCAAGCGUGGAUGCUCUAAAGGAUUUAUUGAGAUUGAACUGUUCAAGACUGGUGGUAAUCUAGUGAUUAACAGAGAGAUUCAUGUGGAGAAUAAUCAGUCUCUGUGGAUGCUGAAUGGAAAACACUGUAACCAAAAAACUGUGGAAGAGGAGGUCAAGGCUUUGCGCAUCCAAGUCAGCAACCUCUGCCAGUUUCUGCCCCAGGAAAAAGUGGGAGAGUUUGCCAAGAUGUCCAAAAUUGAGUUGCUGGAGGCAACUGAGAAGUCAGUGGGACCACCAGAGAUGUACGAAUACCACUGUGAGCUCAAAAACUUCCGUAACAAAGAGCGAGAACUGGAGAGUGUUGUGAAAGAGAAGGCCAGCUUCUUAGAAAAGGCCAAACAGAGGAAUGAGAGGAAUAAACACGAUGUGAACCGUUAUUAUGAAAAGAAGAGGCAUCUGGAUGUAAUCGAGUUGCUUGAGAAGAAGAAACCGUGGGUGGAGUAUGAGACCACCCUUAAAGAGCUUAACGGUGUGAAGAAGGAGCGAGAGGAGGCCAAAAGGCAUCUCUCUGCUCUGAAGCAGGCCCAGGCUCCCAUGCUGAGGAAGAUCCAUGAGAUUGAGAACCGGCUGAAGCCCACUGAGGCACAAAUAAAGACUAAGACGGCCGCCAUCAAAGAAGCCUCUCUGAAGUGCAAACAGAAACAGGAUGAGCUGGAUCGAAAACACAAAGAGAUUGAUGACAUUAAACAAAGGCUGAGACUGAAGCGGAUGGAGGAGGAAGACCACCAGAAGCGAAUCAGCAACACCAGACAGACGAUUGAGGGCCUGAAGGCAGAGCUUGCCAAAGUUGGCGACCAACCAGAUGUGACACCGCAGAUCAAUGCUGUCACCACCGAGCUGAGGCAAAUCCAUGAGGAAAGAUCCAAGAUUGAGGGAGAGAAGGCCGACCUACGCAGGGAGAGGGACAACCUCCACGCUGAGUCCAAAAUGUUGGAGAAGAAGCUCAAUGACAUGAACAACAUGAUGAAUGCCAAACAGGAGAAGUUACGAGGAUGCCACAGGGAUACAUACAGCGCCCUCCAGUGGCUGAGACAGAACAGGAACCUGUUUCAAGGGAAUGUCCAUGAGCCCAUGAUGCUCAUGAUUAAUAUGAGAGAUCAUCGUUUUGCCAAGUACGUAGAGAUGCACAUCCCAUUCCAUGACCUGCGGGCGUUCGUGUUCCAGAGAAAAGAUGACAUGGAGAAGUUCAUGACUGAGGUCCGUGACAGAAUGAACUUGAAGGUGAACUGCAUUUCUGCUCCGGAGGACUCGUGGUCUAAAAAACCACCAUCCCGACAUAUUGAGUCCUUGAGGCGUUUUGGCUUCUUCACCUACCUACGUGAGCUGUUUGAUGCCCCUGAUGAAGUGAUGAGUUACCUCUGUCAUCAGUACCGGGUGCAUGAUGUGCCUGUCGGCACUGAUAAAACCAAAGCCAUGAUUAAAACGGUCAUCGAGGAGCCCUACCUCAGAGUGUUGUACACAGUAGACGAGAGGUACACAUUGAAGAGGUCACAUUACUCAAACAAGAUUAGCACCAGUAACUCUGCAGUGCGCCCUUCUCAGUUUCUCAACAUCACUGUGGAUGCUGAGGAAAAGCGGGAACUGGAAGAGAAGAUAAAGGCCUGUGAGUCGAAGUUAAAUGCCAUAGAUGAGCGGAUGAAGGCUCUGCAGAAGGAAACCGCAGCCCUGGGACGACGUGACAAUGAACUGUUGGCAGAAAAGAAACGCCUGUUUGAACUAAAGGGCAAAAAAAGACAACUGGAGCAGAAAAUCAGCACCAAGCAGGACAGUUUGAAGCAGAUGGAGCAGAGUGUUAUUAACCUGAAGAAGCUUGAAGAAGAGACACAAGAGAAAGUUGCAGCUGUCAAUUCUCAGAAGGUGCUCAUAGUCACCGGACUCAUGACGCAAAUGAAGCUGAGAGCCAAGCUGACUAUGGAGAAGGUGUACCUGGCUUUGGACACUGUGGGGCUGAUUGCGGAGAAGACAAAGCUGGAGAAUGAUUGUAGAGAAGGCGCCUCUGGACUUAAGAUCUUUGAUAAAAAAUUGAGCUGUCUAGAGCAGAGAAAGACCCAGCUGACAGAAAAAUGCAAAGAACUGAUGAAGAGCGCAAAGUCGAUCUGUCGGAUUCAGUCUGAUGAGCCAUUACCCGAAGGCCUGCAAACUGCUUUCAGCAAGCUUCCUGACACGCUGGAUGAGAUUGAUGCCAUGCUGAAUGAGGAGCGGUCCAGAGCUGAGUGCUUCACUGGCCUCAAUGAAAAUGUUGUUGUCGAGUACAACAGGAGAGAGCAGGAGAUCAAAAAUUUGGAGAAGGAGCUGGAAGCGAAGAACAACGCCCUGAACACGUACCGACAGAACAUGUCAGAGGCUAAGGAACGCUGGCUGAACCCUCUGAAGCAGCUGGUUGAGCAGAUCAAUGUCAAGUUCAGUGAUUUCUUCCGCUCCAUGCAGUGUGCAGGAGAGGUUGAUCUGCACUCAGAGAAUGAGGAAGAGUAUGACAAGUACGGGAUCCGAAUUCGGGUGAAGUUUCACAGCAGCACUCAGCUCCAUGAGUUGACAGCAUAUCACCAGAGUGGAGGAGAGCGAAGCGUUUCCACCAUGCUUUACCUCAUGGCCCUGCAGGAGCUCAACCGCUGCCCCUUCAGAGUGGUGGACGAGAUCAACCAGGUACACACACACACACACACACACACACUCUCUAACCUCACAUCUGGCACGGCCUGCAAAGAGACGACAUCCCAGUACUUCUUUAUAACACCCAAACUGCUGCAGAACCUUCAGUACGCUGAUGAGAUGACUAUCCUCUGUGUCCACAAUGGUCCCUACAUGAUUCACCCCAGCCACUGGGACGACAAGACGUUCAUCAGACGGCAUCUCAAAAGAAAAGCCCGGGCAUGAAUCUGCCAGGCCAACCUGACAGAUGUGGAUUGUACUGGACUUACUCUCCAGUUCAGUGAGUGAAAAAUAAAACUGAUGUAAAUAAUUUGUUAUAAAAAGAUAUCUGUUGAACUGUUUUAUUUCAGAAAGAACAUGCUAUAAACACUUGAAAGAAGAAUUGGUUCUUUGCCUUAAACAGAGAAAUGUCAAAGAUUUUAGUUUCAAGUGACAUGGCCAUUUUUAAGUAGGUUCACCAAAAAUAACUGCUAGUUCCUCAUUUGCAUAUUUUUUCUAUUUAUGCAGCAACAUAAUUCUUAAUACAAACUGUAAACUGUUUUUUCUCUCUUACCUGUUACUAUGCACAUGUUUAAAAUUUUAAAUAAA